AUGGAGAUAGUGAGAAAUAAGAAGGUAGUAGUAACAAUGUUGUUAAUGACAGUAAUUAGUAUGGUAAUGAUGGAUCAAGUGUUGACGGUAGAAAUGCCACCGGAUUUAUGUGGAUUUUAUUUUAAGUAUUUCAUCUUAAAUUGUGGGCCAGCUUUACUUCAUCCCGAAAAGCCAAGUGCUGAUUGUUGCAAGGUUCUUGAAGAUGGUGAUGCUGAUUGCCUUUGCAAAUUUGCUUCUUCCCCUAUUUUGCCUGAUCUUGGUAUUGUUAAAGAAUAUUAUUUGGCUACGUUGGCCAAUUGUGGCUUACCUGAUUGUACCCCUCCUCCAAUUUAA